GUGUACUCGUGGCACACGUGCGCCCACAAGAACGGCAACAUCGACUCCACGUGCCGUCUUGGCCUCAUGCACCAAGCAGGACAGGGUUGCCGUCAGGAUGAUCGCACAGCACUUGACUUCCUCAAAAAGGCUGCAGCAGCAGGACACGACAUGGCGGAAACAGCGCUGUGCGUGCACUACUACCGCAUGCGCCUCUUCCACAAGGCGGUGCAAUGGGCGCGUCGUGUUGUGCAGCCACUGCUCGACUGCCCUGAUCUACAGGCCAUGAUCGCUGCUCAGUCGCCCGAUAUCACAAAGGCCCAGGCCACGUGCUGCUGGCACCUCUCACGGUGUUGUGCGAACGGUACUGGUGUCCCGAGCAAAGACACAGCAGAGGCACAAAGGCUGUUCUCGCUUGCGCUGCGGAUUGACGAGCAGACGGUGGCGGCGCUGGAGAAGACGGCAGUGCAGGCGGAGAGGCAGUCGUGAUGGUCGUUGUCGUCGUGAUGGUCGUGGUCGUGGCAUGUGGGUUGCACGUGUUUGCUUUCUCGUCGCAACUGUAAACCAUUCAGACAAC